AUGGCUGAAAUGUACCGGGCCUGGGCAAAGGGGCAUCCACCGCCGGCUUAUUCCGCCAACCCUACUUAUAUCCCACCAUUGGCUCAACCUCAGGACCCUCCUACUGUGAAUUCAUCCCCGACCUUUCCCACCUACCAACAAUGCUAUGGCACUACCUCCCAAACACCACCACCUCCACCACCGAAACAAGUCGCAUACCCUCCUCCACCAAUCACUCCUGUUUUUGUGGCACCCCCACCUGCUGCAUUACACCGAUCUUCCAGUGAGCCUCUGUUCCAGACUCACGAUAACCACUAUUAUCCCCCAGAACCUACCUUUAAAGCGCCAGAACCAUGUUCUUACACUCCUCAUCUUGAUCUCUCAGUUGAAACUGAGAAGCCUCCCAAGAAUCCCGAAUGUCCAGUUACCAGCAUGGUUCAAGUUGCCCAAGCCUUAGAGCCCACUUAUUUCGGUCAUUUGGUGUCAGCAGUAGGGAAAUCCUUCAAUGAAGUGGUGAAAAUGGGAAGCAUGGUAGAGGAAGGACUCAAGUCUAACAAAAUAAUGAGUUAUUCAACAAUUAAGGCGACCUCCCAAGCUAUUCAAAAUGGCACUGGGGGUGUACUAGGGAAGAAGAAGAAAUAG